AGAGUGAUAAGAGACGAGUUCGAAACCGUCCAUUGGCCGACGAUACCGCCCGCCUACCCUCCUACAAAACCCCGGGCUUACCCUUCCUUUCCGAUCGCGCCGGCCGCUGUAUCCGAAUCGCCCUACCUUACUCCGCGUCGUCACCCCCCUCGGUCCGUGCGUGUCCGUGUGUCCACGUUUGUGCGUGUGUGUUUCCCUCUACGUGAGAAGGGGAGGGAAAGCAGCCACGAGGACGUCGCUUGUCAUUUCUAGAUAACCAUCCCCACCGCGCGCCAGGAUGGCUGUCGCAUCCGUACAAGACCGCACGGCCGAGUUCCGGUCCGUCCUCACACAAGUCCAGAAGCGCCAAGCCACGUCCAAGGUUGGCGCCCAGCGGCGAUCGCUGCUGACCGACGCCCAGAAAGCCGCCGCGAAUGGCGACGCCUCCCACUCUCAGCAGCACCGACGGUCCGAGUUCGCGCGCAGGGCAGCCGAGAUAGGGAGGGGCAUCGCCGCUACCAUGGGCAAGCUGGAGAAGCUGGCCCUGCUAGCGAAGCGCAAGACCCUAUUCGACGACCGGCCCGUGGAGAUCAACGAGCUCACCUUCAUCAUCAAGCAGGACCUGUCGUCCCUAAACCAGCAGAUCUCCGGUCUCCAGGCCCUGACGCGCCAGCAGCACGCCCACGUGAGGGGACCCGAUCAGGAAGGGGAGCACAAUAAGAACGUUGUCCUCAUGCUGCAGGGCAAGCUCAGCGACGUCGGCGCCAACUUCAAGGACGUGCUCGAGGUCCGCACCAAGAACAUCCAAGCCUCGCGCUCGCGCACCGAGAACUUCAUCUCCUCGGUGUCGCAGCACGUCCAGCCGCCGUCGCUGCAGCAGUCGGCGUCGCCGCUGUACGGGACGCCGAACCGGGGCACGCCUUCGCCGGGGGCGGACCUGCUGUCGCUAAACCCGACGGGAGCGGCGGGGCCGGGGGCGGCGGGGGCGGCGGGUGACCAGCAGCUCCUGAUGAUGGAGGAGGCCCAGCCGCAGAACGCGUAUAUCCAGCAGCGCGGGGAGGCGAUCGAGGCGAUCGAGAAGACCAUCAGCGAGCUCGGGUCCAUCUUCGGCCAGCUAGCGCAGAUGGUGUCGGAGCAGAGCGAGAUGAUCCAGCGCAUCGACGCCAACACCGAGGACGUGGUCGACAACGUCCAGGGCGCCCAGCGCGAGCUGCUCAAGUACUGGUCCCGCGUGUCAAGUAACCGCUGGCUUGUCGCCAAGAUGUUCGGGGUGCUCAUGAUAUUCUUCCUGCUAUGGGUUCUCAUCGCGGGUUGACGAAGGAAGGCAUAAUGAGAAGAGCCGCAGGAGAGGUGAAGACGAGAUCGGACGGUACGAGGCGACACGAUAUGAAGCGAGGCGUACUGGUGGCGCUCGCGUAAUCCUGCUUUUUCUUUCUCUUCUCUUCGUGUCUCUUCACUCUGUACAUUAUCGCCCACGGCGCCCCUCUCCCGCCUUCUGUCCCGGGACGGACGUCCAUAUGGACCUACCUACUACUACGUACUAGACUUGUAAUGGCAUCGGAAUGCGUGGCAUGAAGACGGCCUGUUUGGCAG